UCGCGGCCGUCGCCGCGGAGGAGGGAGGGCGCCGUGGCGGCGGCGGCGGCCCUGUGAGGGAGGCGGCGGCCGGGCCCGGCCCGGUCCGGUCCGGUCCGGUCCCGGUGAGCCAUGCGGCGACCGUAGCCAUGCAACGCGCCGAACUGCGGGAAGGGGAGGCGGCGGCGGCCGCCGCGGCCUCCUACCGGGUGCUCAGCCGCCUGCUGGGCUACGGGGCCGGCCCGGAGGCGGGCGCGGCGGCGGGCGGUGCCGUUACCGGCGCGGCGGUCGCUGGGUCGUUGGGCCCCGGUGGCGGACGGCUACCGGUUGCUUCGUUACCGGGUGGCGGAGCCUUGCGGGGUCCGCGACCUCCGCCUCAGCUGAUGGUGUUCCGCAACGCGGCGGAGGGGCGGCCCGGCGAGGAGGGCGGCCCGGCGGCGGGAGGCGGCGGCGGCGGCGGCGGGGGCCCGGCGGGCGGCGGCGAGCUGCUUUGCCCGCGGCACCGUUGCGCUCUGGAGCCCAAGGCGGCGGCGAGGUGGGGGACCGCGCCGCCGGGUGGGCUGGAGCUUCAGCUGGCGGCCCUGGGGCUGCGGCCGGCCGGGCUGGGGGCGAAGGGACCGGCGGGCUGCCCCUGCCCGUGCCUCGGUCCGCCGCCGCCGCCCGCCGGGCCAGCCGCCGAGGAGACCAGCGACGCGUUACUGGUGCUGGAAGCGUUGGAGCCCGACGAGACCGGGAGCUGCUCCGAGGAGGAGCCCGGUUCUCCCGGCCGCGGAGCAGCCCGCGCCGCCGGGAGAGGAGCCACCGGACCCGCGCCGCCGCCGCCGCCCGCCGUUGCCCCCGGGGGAGCCGGCCCCGGCGCCAGGAAGGGUUCGCUGAAGAUCCGCCUCAGCCGUCUCUUCCGUACCAAGAGCUGCAGCGGCGGCUCGGCCACCGGGGACGCCGCCGCCGCCGCUGCCGCCGAGGGCCGGCGCACCGGGGAGCUGCCCGUCUCCGCCGGCAGCCUGACCGACGUCUGCGGGGCCCGCGGCCGAGAGCAGGAGGCGGGCAGGAAACACAGACUGACAAGAACUCAAAGUGCCUUUUCCCCGGUUGUGUUCAGCCCCCUCUUCACAGGUGAAACAGUGUCACUGGUGGAUGUGGACAUCUCUCAGCGAGGACUGACCUCCCCUCACCCUCCGACUCCACCACCUCCACCACGAAGAAGCCUCAGCCUGCUAGAUGAUAUCAGUGGGACGCUGCCUACAUCUGUCCUAGUGGGUCCAAUGGGCUCCUCCCUGCAGUCUUUCCCUCUGCCUCCGCCUCCUCCGCCCCAUGCCCCAGACGCCUUCCCACGGAUUGUCCCGCUGAGGCCGAUGGAGGCGAUGCCCGGCCAGCCCGCCCCGCACCUGCAGUGUCCGCUCUACCGCCCGGACUCCAGCAGCUUUGCAGCCAGCUUGCGAGAGCUGGAGAAGUGUGGAUGGUACUGGGGACCGAUGAACUGGGAGGACGCAGAGAUGAAGCUGAAGGGAAAGCCAGAUGGGUCCUUUCUGGUCCGAGACAGUUCUGACCCCCGCUACAUCCUGAGCCUCAGCUUUCGGUCGCAGGGCAUCACCCAUCACACCAGGAUGGAGCACUACAGAGGGACCUUCAGCCUGUGGUGCCAUCCCAAGUUUGAAGACCGCUGCCAGUCUGUGGUGGAGUUCAUAAAGAGAGCAAUCAUGCACUCCAAAAACGGAAAGUUCCUCUACUUUCUCCGAUCCAGGGUUCCAGGUCUUCCUCCAACGCCUGUCCAGCUCCUGUAUCCAGUCUCCAGGUUCAGCAAUGUCAAAUCCCUUCAGCACCUUUGCCGCUUUCGGAUCAGGCAGUUGGUCCGAAUAGAUCACAUCCCUGACCUCCCGCUGCCCAAGCCCCUGAUCUCCUACAUCCGCAAGUUCUACUACUACGACCCGCAAGAGGAGGUGUAUCUGUCGCUGAAGGAAGCUCAGCUCAUCUCCAAACAGAAGCAGGAGACCGAAUCCUCCACGUAGCGAGGCUGCCUCACCCAUCUUGUUGCUGUCACUGAUGGAAUUUGACUGUUGCCAUCCUGUAGCCCAAGUCAGGCUGUGGUGGGAAGGAGGCACACGACGGUGAAGCCUGCUUCUGCGGUGCCGCUUCUGCUCUCAAGCUCUUUUGUACAGAGAAGAGGGUUCAAGACUCCUAAGAAGCACAGCAGAAUGGGAACAAGAGCCUCAGCUCCUGCCUUGAGGGAGAGGGGUCUCGGAGACAGCUGAGCCCAGCUCAUGGACUCCUUGAAGAACAAAGAAUGUCAUGGCACUAUUUACAACUUUUUGAAAGUUUUAUUUUUGAUGUCGUCUCUUUUUUUUUUUUUUUUCAGCAUGAGAAAUACUGUCUUAUGAUCAGCUGAAUUUUUUUAUCCUCCCUUGGAAACUUCAAGGUGGGGAGAGAGAAGGGGACUUUCUAAGAAGAUCAUCUGCUCUAGGCAUUAUGGCAAGACUGUUCUUUGGUCCUCACUGAGAGGGGAUGCAGCCGCAGAGCUGCUUGGAGGCAGACUGAGCCAGAAUGAUGUGCAGCUGUGUGGAAUAACCUCUGGGAAGCAUGGAGCUCUGAACAGCGGGCAGCUGCACAGCUCCCCUGCUUUCUAGGAUUUGGGAGAAGAGGGCCAAACCUAGUCUUGGGCAGCUGAGCUCUCCAACUGGAUUUGCAGGGUGGUCCUAUAUGCUUUUAAGUUGGGCCCAAGGAAGGAAGAGCAUGUGAGCCAUUUGGAUGUCAUGGAGCAUUCAGCCAAAGGGAAUGGUUGCUGCUGCACUGGGGAAACAAGGGCUGCUCCUCCGAGGUGGCAUCGUUCCCUUAGCAAACACUGGAAGAUUUUGCUGAACCCCUGUGAUAAGUGGAAGGAAGGUGGCAAAGCUGUUGCUGUAACUGUUGCAGCAGUCCAUGGACCAAAGGUAGUUGCUACAGGGAUCUCGGUCUUGCAGAGCCGUGGGAUGUGCACUUUUAGCCUUUCUCUGGUUGUCUCCAGAAGCUGUGAAUGAAGUGGCUUUCUGUUGAGCUGUGAAGGAUCUUGAUUAGGAGUUGCUGGGGCAUUAAGAGGCAUCUCUGGGGAGACUCAGAGCAAGGAGCAGAUAACUGAGGGUUCUCCUGGAACGGCAUCUGAUCUCUGCGAGCUUGCUUGCUGCUUCCUCCUCUCCCUGGGAUGUCCACGGAACCACAGCAGUUCAGAAACAGUAAAGCCGAGAGAGGUGGUAGCUCUUGCUGUGUUUCUGGGCUUGGCACUGGCUGAAAUACCCCACUCCCCACCCUUUCAAAUGCUGGUCUGCUGUUUCAUCCACUGCAGCAACUGCAAAGAGUUUGCAUUUCAUGGUGAAGUUUAAAGUUUGGCUGAAGUGAUGCUGAGAAGUCUGGAGAAGCAUCUUUCCUCCUGUAUGUAAAUGAGCAAGUGUUCCUGUGCUCUCAACCCGAGUGAAAGAAACACUCCAUCCUGCAACAGUGUGGUCUGAAAAUGCAAUGUUGUCUGUGGCCCGGGUCUGCAGAUCUGAGGUCAGUGCCCUGUGAGCUGGCUGCAGUCACUCAGGAGCUGCUAAGACUUUGGUCUUGCCCUGCAGAAUGAUAUAUGUCCUUGAAUUAGAUACAGUCGCGUGGAUCUUAAAGCAGCCUGGGAAAAUUCUGAUUGUCUGCCUCUGCCAAGUGUUGCUACGAAGGGUGCUAACAAAUCAUGCCUUCCCUUUCUUCACCAUCACCUCUGGCCUCAGUUUUGGUCUUGGAGAAAAAGUAUGUUUUUUAAAAAGGAUUUGGCUUCCAGAUGAAACUAAUAACUAAGCUUCAAAAUCUGUAGAAAUACCUCAUCGGACACUAUUCACUACUGACUUUGUGUUGCAUGGUUGGGGCAGUGGUUAUCAGGAAGGAGGAGCUGCCCCAAGACGUGCUGAACAGCAUAUCCUGACCCUCGGUGAAAUUGGAGCUACUGUAGUCUACAGCUACUGUGUCCCCUCUGUGCGGGGACCAAUGUUCAUCCCUCCACAGCUGCCGCUGCAUUCCCUCCCCUCGGCUGUAGACCUACAGCUCACACCAAGUUAUCAGCAGAGCCUGCAAAUAAAUGCAACUGCUUCGACUAAAACGCACAGCACGCUGGGCGAAUGUUGGGGGGAGGAAAAAGCAUCUGUACUUGUGCAGGUAAAACUCAAAUAUCCACGCGCCUGGCCCUGCUGCAUCUCGGUUGUCCACGUGCUGAAGAUUUGAAUCUUCCAACUUAUCCGUAUGCUGGAAAGGAAAACCUUCCCAAGAGCCAAGCCUGGUCUGACGCCUGAAGUGUCCAACUCCAUGCCAGCGAAGAACAGUGUGCCCGGUGCAUGUGUCUCCUGUCAAGCUUCUCUCCAAAAAGAGACCCUGGAGGCAAGGAUGCAUGUGAAUAGGUGAUGGCCUGCAGGACGUGUGAAAUGGGGGAGCUGUGAGUCUCCCCUUGCUGAAGCCAGGGAGAAGCCAGGGAGAAGCCGGUCCUCUCCCUAGUGUGAUGGUAGUGACAGCAUUUUAACUCCUUCCUUCCCUGUUCUGGGAUGGAGAGGUGCAGGCAGGGUUUGGGAAGGGAAAGCAGCCAACCCAGAGAGCAGACCAGGGAAAACUGGUGCUGGCUGGGCACUGGGAAUCGGUGCAGAGCCCGUCCUGCCAACGCUGGGCUUGCCUGGGGUGAAAACGCACAACCCUGCUCCAUGGCGGGUCGGGAGAGCCGUCCUGCACUGCUCAGCUCCCUGCGUCCCCCUCCGGGGAUCUCUCUGCGUACCCCCAGAGCUCCCCGCGAGGGUGGAUGGGGUGGCUCUGUGGCUUUCGGAGCUGUUAGAUAAGCAGCCAGACUUUAGGGGCAAUACUUGAAUUUACAUGUAUUUGGCUGGCUGUCACUGUCCUUGGGAGGACUUCUCCCAACAGCCUGCCGGUGCUUCUGCUGUUAUUUGAACCCUGUGCACGGCGGGGGCAGCCCUCCCCAAAUUGAAGCCAGCAGCAAGGCUUGGGGUCUGUCUGCAGCAGCUGAAAUGAUGGAGGAGAUGUGCUCUGGGGUGUUAGAUAGGGGAUGGUGGGACACCAGCCUGUCACACUGACGUGCUUGGUGUCAGCUGUAGCUGCACAAGACCCCCCCCCCCAUCAAUCUGCACCCACAGGAGCGGUGGGGUCAGCUCUGCCAUGAAGGUGGCAGAUGCUCUUCACCCUUCCCAGGGCCCUGCUCCACCUCUCCUUGCUCCAAGACAGGCAGGGGAGCUGGAGCAUGGUCAGUGCCAGCCUGCUGCCUGUGGCUAAUAGUGCUGGAUAAGAUCCCAAGGUUAACUGUAGUUAACAGCCUUCUCUUGAAAUCCAUUUAAAAUAAAGCUGUUCCUAGAGUUCCUUCACAUCUAGGUGUAAGGAGAGGGAGGGACUUGAUCUGCUGUUUGGAAGUGGGAAAAGGUCCAGAGAUUUUUGUUUCAAGGCUGGAUGUGAGUGGAGCAAGCAGAGUGGUCUCUGCUGAGGGGGUGAUGGUCUUUGUGGACACGGGUGAGAUCUCAAGAGGUGGCUCAGUCCUGUCUUGCCAGUGAAUCCCCAUCCCUGUUUGGGGAGGAACACCUAAUGUUUGUAUCCUGCCUGGAAUGGUUUUGUAGGCUGGUUCUGGAGGGUGCUCUCAUCCUGCUGAUUUGGAA